AUGGUGCUGAAGAUGAACAAGCUGAUGAGUAACCGUGGCAACAUGCUUCGGGAGGUGCAGCUCAUGAACCGCCUCUCCCACCCCAACAUCCUCCGGUGGCAGCUCAGUCGGUUGUGCUUCCUGCUGAGGCCCCACCCCCCUCCCCCCCACAUUUCUCCCCAUAGUACAUUAACGGGGGGAACCUGGAGCAGCUGCUGGACAGCCCCACCCCGCUUCCCUGGCCCGUCCGCAUCAAGCUGGCCUUGGACAUCGCCCGGGGGCUGCGCUACCUGCACAGCAAAGGUAUCUUCCACCGGGACCUCACCUCCAAGCGAGGGGGGCGAACGGGAGCCCCUGGCCGUGGUGGGCUCCCCGUAUUGGAUGGCGCCAGAGGUCCUGCGCGGGGAGCUGUACAAUGAGAAGGACUUUGGGCUUGACGUGGCCGCAUUCUGCAACCUGGUGGGGCCGGAUUGCCCGGCAGCAUUCCUCCAGCUGGCCUUCCACUGCUGCAGCAUGGAGCCAACCUCUCGGCCCUCCUUCCUGGAGAUCACACAGUGCCUGGAGGCCAUCCUGGAGCAGCAGCUGGCAGGUGGAGACCCCGGCACCGGCCGGCAGAGCGGCAGCAGGACCCUCCUUCCGGGGAGCCCAGUGCCUGUGCUGAACGGGAAAGCGGUCAGGGAGCCGGCGUGUCCCCAGAGCCCGUCCAGCCUGCUGGACCAGCACCUCCUGCCUCCAGACCAGCGCCUUUCCCGCAGCCAGUCGGACGUGUUCCCGCCUCGGUCGCCCGCCCCGCCCCGCGCCCAGGACACCCCCCAGCGCGUCAACCCCUUCUCCCAGCGGCAGGACCUCCAAGGCGGCAGGAUCAAGCUCUUUGACACGCCCAGCAAGUCCCUGAUCUCCUUGACCUUUGACCUCCCGCCCCCUUCCCCUUUCCCGCCGGGCACGCCCAUCCCUCCGGAGCCGGCGGUGGAGACCCGGUGUGACUUCUGGGAGGCCGCGCCCCCGCUGGCCCGCCGGUGCCGCUCGCUGCCCUCGUCCCCGGAGCUGCCCCGCCGAGGGGGCCGGUCCCAGCCCCACAGCGACGGCCUCCUCGCCCUGGACUGCAGCCGCCUGGAGGCCCCCGGCUCCCCCGCCAGUGAGCUGAUGGACUGCAGCCCCGACCCAGACCCCACCCCGCCGGCUGUGACCCCCCCGAGCAACGGCAGCUUUGUCAGCACCACGGGGUCCGGCCUCCAGCCAUCGUGGUCCCCCAACGGACUCCUCCUGAACAAGAACAGCCGGCCCCCAGGCUGGGGCGGGGGCUUCUCGGAGCUGAGCCUGGCCCCCGGGGCGGAGGGCAUGCCGCCGGACAGCAGCAGCUGCUGCGUGACGGAGCCAGAGGAGGUGGUGUCGUGCCCGGCGUGCUGCCUCGGGCCCUUCAGCUUCAGCUUGGCCUCCGUCUGCCCUCGGCCGGCCGCCAGCACCCCGCGCUACCAGAACCUCAACUGCGAGGCCAACAGCCUCCAGUGCCCGGAGCGCCCGCCCCGCCCCCGCAAGGCCCUGGGCCCGGUGCGGACGGAGCCCAGCCUCAAGCUGCCCGAAGCACAGUCCUAAGACGGAGUGGCGGGGAUGGACGGACGGACGGACGGACGGAUGCUCCCUAUCUCACCCCUGGGUGGAGGGGAAAGGGCCCCGAGAGAGAGAGAGAGACCCCGUGGUCUGGCCUUCCUGCCUUGUGCACGGCUCCUCCUCGGGCAGCAGCGUCUGAAGGGGGUCACCGGGUCCUUGCGUCCACUGGGACCAGCAGGAGGCUCAGCGCCAGCCGGUUGCCUUCCUGCCCAAGGAAUCCCAGCCCUGGCAGGUGCCGUUGAGAAAACUGGAGGGGGUGGGGUGUGGGGGGGGGCAGGGAAGGCCACUCUCCCCCCUCCCCACACCAGGCUGAAGUGCAAUAACAGGGCUGCUUCCUACGCACACAAAGUGGGCCCAUGUCCCCGUGGGGCUGCCGUCUUCCCCCCCCAAGGGAAGGGGGGCUGCUCACCCAGGGGGACCGUCCAGGCGGAGGCCCCUCCCACUUCUGUGCCUCAGGCCCCCAACCAGUCUAUGCUCCCCUGUGCCAUGGGGCAGUUUGCCAGGCUGGGUGGCAGUGGGAGAGGCUGAUCCCUGUGUGGGGUGGCCUCACCACGCCCCUAUUCUUGCCCUACAUGAGAGGGACAGACAGAAAGAUGGAUCAAAGGACUGGGGAGGGGUGGCCACCACCUUCCCCCCCCAACACAGGCAGAGGCGUGCAAGCAUGUUUCUC